AUGGAGGUUAUGGAGGGGUCUUAUCGUGCAGGCGCGGGGAAAAUACACAGUCUGGGGGAUGUCGCAUACCACACCGAGGAUCUGGAAACCGAGGCGGAGAGAGUCAUUGACGAUGUCUGGGCUACGUUUGUUCUGGGGGUGAACCUUCGUCCUCGGAAACUUGAUCUGGUGGCCCAAUUGAGUUCGCGCGCCCCGGAGCCAAUGUUGUACGACCAGCCGCCUUCCUACGACGAUGUGAUUCAGGAUCUUCCUCCCGAAUACUCUGCUCUUCCUCCGCUCGCACAGCGCAAACAUCGGGUCCUUCCUUCCGCGCCGCAGACUCCUCGAGAUAAAUCGCCUACGAAGUCGUCAGCAUUGCUGGAAGAUCGCAUAUUGGAUGUUCGCAUUGAUUUCGAAAAUCUGACUGGUGCGGCUCCGCCUCCUUCUCCGCCUGCCGGUGGUGGCUCGGAUCCUCCGGCGGACGAGCAGACCAAUGGUGACGGAGGAGGUGACGGAGGAGGUGACGGUGGCGGCGCUGGUGAUGCAGGUGGUGCCGGAGACGGUGGUGACGGGGGUGACGGAGGUGAUGACUGGGGUGAUUGGAAUGUGAGCGGGAAGAAAAAAGACAAGAAGAAGAAAGAGGAAGAGGAAGAGGCGGAAAGAGUCGCUAAAGAGGAAGAAGAACGAAGGGCCGCCGAAGAAUCUGCUACCAAAGAUCUCAGCUGGGCUGACGACGCUGGUGGUGGUGAUGACUCGUGGGCCGGGUUUAAUACCGUAGGAAAAAAGAAGAAGAGCAAGGAUGAAGGGCCCCCUGGAGGAUUCCAGGAUGUAAGUUUGGACGGCGGUGCACCGCAGCUGGACUUGAACUUUGAUACUCCAGCUCCUAAGACUGGCGGAACUGGAUUCAGCUUUGGGGGUUGGGGCAAAGAUUGGAAUACUGGCGGUAAGCUUGAUGCCCUCGAUGAGCCUCCUAAAGAUGACAACAAUCCUUGGGGCUCCACCAAAAAGAAGUCAUCCAAAACAGCUGCUGGCGGAUUCGAUUUUGGUGACUUGGAUGCUUCGCCUGAGAAACAAGAGGAUGACUGGGGAGGCUGGGAUAUCUCAACUAAGGACAAGAAAAAGAAGGGCAAAGCUGAGCCUGAGCCCGAGCCGGAACCAGAGCCUGUGCCUCCUCCACCCCCUCCGGCUCCUCCAGCUCCUCCGCCGCGACCAGACUUCACGCAAGAAGCAUGGUACCUGAACUUAUCUAAGAAGGAACAGCGCAAGGCGAAGAAGGAAAUGGAGAAGAAGUGGAAAGAUGAGGAUGAAGCCUUGGCAAAAUUGGCAGCGGAGCAAGCAGAAGCCCAAGCCCAAUCCCAAGCCGCGGAGGAAGUUGUCGUUGAGCCUGAGAAGUCUCCCGAGCCAGAAAAUGCCUGGGGCUUCAUCGGGUCCAAGUCAAAAGACAAGAAGAAGAUUGACCUUCUGGCUAAUCCAGAACCUGCUCCAGAUCCUCCACCAGCGGAUGACUGGACGGGUGGAUGGGGUACAGCAGUCAAGAAAAAGGACAAAAAAUCCAAGGAACCGGAGCCUGUGGUCGAGGAGACAUCUCCAGAACCUGUAGCCGAUGUUGGUUUCUCAUGGGGUGUGUCUACGAAGGACAAGAAGAAAAAGAAGGGCAAAGUCGAGCCUGAACCCAUCCCUGAACCUGAACCCGAACCGGAGCCUGAGCCAGAACCUGAGCCCGAACCUGAACCAGAGCCGGAACCGGAGCCCGAGCCUGAGCCCGAGAAAGCAGUUCCUGACGAUCCUCUAUACGAAAAUUGGAAGGACAUUUCUUCCAAGGAACGUAAGAAGCGAGAAAAGCAAUUGAUACGAAAGGGUUUGCCCAUCCCGGGCAAGGACUUCGAACUCCCAUCCGAUGAGCCCAAGGAACUACCUGCCCCCGAACCUGAACCUGAGCCCGAGCCCGAGCCGGAACCAGAACCAGAACCAGAACCAGAACCAGAACCAGAGCCGGAGCCUGAGAAACCGGCUGAAGAAGAUGGCUGGGGAUGGGGCGUAACCAAGGAGAAGAAAAAGAAGAAAGGCAAGGAUAUCGAAGAGCCGCCUCCACCUGCACCGACUCCUCCUGCCCAGGGCUUGACUCCCGAGCCCGAGGCUAUGAAUGACCAUGGUGAUGAUAUAUGGACAGAGCUAGCUCCCAAGGCCAAGACCUCAAAAAAGACGAAAGCUAUUGAGUCUCCUAAGGAGGAAAAGACCUCCAAAAGUUUCUGGUCAACUUUAACAGGUACUUCAACAAGCAAAUCCAAAUCGACGAAGAAAACCAAGGAGGAGAAGAAGGAGCCCGAGCCUAUUGAGGAAGACUUGCUUAUCGAUGUUGGUGAUGACCCUCCAGCAGAUCCUGACCCGGAGCCAGAACCAGAACCAGAACCAGAACCAGAACCCGUCAAGGAAGAACCUCCUCCACCCGAGAAGAGUUCCAAGUCCAAGUCUUCCAAGCUCAGCGUUGCCGAGCGAAUCAAGGCUCUAGAGCAGGCAAAGAAAGACAAGCUCAAAGAGGAGAAGUUGGGCAAAAGUAAAAGCAAAGAGAAAAAGGUCGAACCAGCUCCUGAGCCUGAACCUGAACCGGAGCCAGAACCAGAACCAGAACCUGCUCCAACGAAAAAGAGCAAGUCAAAGUCAAAUUCAAAGGAUUCCGUUCCAGGAAGCUUCCCAGACUUCGGUGAUGACCCCGACCCUGAACCUGAACAAGAACCAGAGCCAGAGCCAGAGCCGGAACCAGAGCCAGAACCAGAACCAAUCCCCGAACCAGAACCCGAGCCUGACCUUUCAAAAAUGUCAAAGAAGGAACUCAAGAAGUAUAAAAAACUGCAAGCAGCAGCCGCUGCUGCUAAGCCCCCAACUCCCCCGCCACCACCCGAGGAACCACCUGCGCCUGAACCUGAACCAGAUCCGGAACCUGAACCUGAACCUGAGCCCGAAGAGCCAGUAGAAGAGGAUAAAGGCGCCCCUCCCACACCUCCACCGGAGGCUGCCGAGGAGCCCCCAAAGUCGUCCAAGAAGGAACGAGCUCGCGUCGAGCGCACUAACACCUCAUCUUGGGGCUUCUGGGGAGCCGCUCCACCGCCUAAGAAAUCCAGCAAGAAGGAGUCUAAGGAACCCAAGGAGCCGAAGGUCCAAGACGAACCAGAACGGCCGAAGAAGGAGUCAACUCGAGAGCGGUCCCCCUCCGCAGCGGUGCGAACAAAAUCGAGUAAAUCUCGACCAAAAGAAGCUGACCCAGAAGUCGAGAAAUCCUCUGCAUCUGACCGCGAGAAACGGCGAGAACGCGAGGCCCGCUCCUCCAAGAAUCAGCGUAGCGUGGCUUUGGCCAAUAUGGUUCUGGGAACACCUCAAUCUCGAAGCAAAUCGACUCGCAAGCAUGGAUCUUCAUCCAAACCAGUCUCCAGGCGCCCAUCAGUUGAAGAUGAUAAGGCUUCUAUGCCCACUCCGCCUCCGGAUGAAAAGCCAGAGGUUUCUGAUAAGGCGGCGAAGUUGAUGGGUAUAAAUGCUUCCAAGUCCCGACGUGAACGGCCGCGCACCGAAAGGCGGAAAUCAACUCGGGAUCCAUACGCAAUCGAAGAUGAUGACCUCGUGAUGGUUGACAAGGAGGAUGCAGAGGGCCAUUCACCAAAGGAAGAUUCGAGUCGCUCAAAGCGCAAGUCAAAGAGACAGCCCCGCGCCAAGCCAGAGGACGAUGAUGACGGGGUCAUGGUCGACGCAGAUCAACCACAGCCACCUCCAGACCUCGUAUCAGGACCUGACGAUAUUGGUGUUGCCGAUGCACCCCCAAGAGAACGCCGUCUCAAGCGUUCCAACACGGCGCCAAAGAAGCAAGAGACAGGAGGUAUCAUGGGACUGAUCGGCUCUUUCAGGAAGAGUACAAGGCCGGAAAUGCCAGAAAGGAAGAAAUCACGCUCGCACCGAGAUGAUGACGGGAGAUAUGCCACAGAAACGGAGCGUGAAACAGCCCGUAAAUUACGACGCGAUGAUCGACGCAGAGGAUCUGUCCGACCAGACACCGAUGCCGAAGGAUUUGUGACAGAUGCCGAAGCAGAAGAAGCCGAAGCUCGCAGAGCAGCACGUAAGGCAAAGCGAGCUUCUCGACAGGCACCCUCGGACGCACGCGAAAGCGCGCGCGAGAAUGCACGGGAGAUCGCACGUGAGAACGAAGCCAGGGAAGCCGAAGAGCGACGGGCAAGAAGAAAAGAACGAGCACGUGAACAGCGUGCUCGUGAAGAAGAGGAAGAAGAGCGCCGGCAAGAAGAGAAACGAGCUAGACGAGCAGCCCGCGAGGAACGUCGGGCCCGAGAAGAACAAGCUGCCCGGGAAGCCGAAGCCGCCGCCGAAGCCAAAGCAGCCGAACGCCGCGAACGACGACGAAUGCGCGAGGAAGAAAUGCUAGCCGCGAAAGCAAGCCGCCGCCGUUCCCGCGUCGAAGAACGAUUCCCCGACGAAGUCCUCCCAGACGAGCGGGAGGUCGUAGACCGUCGAGGAGGUCGCAACUCGCGAGCACCGGAAGACCCUAAUACCCGUCGUCGCAAGUCCAAGGCUGCACCGGAGCCCGAGUCUACUCGGCCGACUCCUAUGAAACCAGGCGCGGGCAAGAACAAGACCUCCUCGUGGGUCUAUUCUCAAGCUGACGAGCCACCAGAGCCGCCGCCGAUUAUGCCUACUGUCAUUGACAUGCCUCCUGUCGGUGCAACUAAUGAAGCCGGUAAUGGCCACUCCCUCUCGUCGGAUGAGGAGGCUCGUCGCGCUGUUCGCCGGAAAGCUCGUCGCCGUGCUAAGUACCCCGAUGAAGAGGUCGAUGAUACCCGUUCUCGGAGACGGGGUUCUCGUCGGGAGGGUGUGAAGAGUAGCUCUGGCAGUGGUGAUUACGAGCGUGAUCGUGGUAUGAGGUCGCAGCCUGGGAGUCGGCAGGGUGCUCCGCCUAGUUCGGCUGCCAAAGGGAAGCCAAGCUGGUUCCGGAAACUGACGACCUUUUAA